AUGCCGCUAAUAAUCCUCUCCGGCUACCCCUCCUCCGGCCUAACCCACCGCGCAACCCAACUAGCCACUCUCCUCCAAAAAACCCAAGACGACCUCUUCGCCUCCGGCGCCAUCGACCCCUCCCGCCCACGCUACAAGAUCGCAACCAUACCAACACACGAUGCAUCGCACCCGAGAAGCGUCUACGAUAACGCGCGCACGGAGAAGAUGGCGCGCGGGGUUGCGUAUGCGAGAGCGAAAAGGGCGCUGGGGAAGGAUACGUUUGUAAUUCUGGAUGGGAUGAAUUAUAUCAAGGGGUAUCGGUAUCAGCUUUGGUGUGAGGCGAAGGCUGUGGGGACGACUUGUUGUGUUGUCCACGUCGGAACACCAAUCGAGCAAUGCCGCUUGAACAACGAAGCCAAACUAAAACGACAGGCCGAAAAGUCCCCCGAGCAGGAAUCAUCUGGAGACCGAAGCGAAGACGAAGCAUACCCCCCCGAACUCCUCGAAAACCUCAUCUUCCGCUACGAAGAACCAAGCACCCACAGCCGCUGGGACAAACCCCUCUUCACAGUGCCUUAUUUCGACGCAGAGCCCCCAAUUGCGGAUAUCUGGACAGCACUCACAGGCAUCCCGCAUCCAUCAACCACCGGCCCACAAACUUCAAGCAUAACACCAACACCAAUAGAAUCCAUCAAGACAACAUCCGACACAGCUAGCAUCGCAACAGGCGCGACAGGCGCACCAGGAUCAGGCAUGCUAAACCGCACACGUCCCAAGAUAAAACCCCACGCUGCAACCGUCCAACCAACAGCCACCAACUCCUCCGCACUCUACUCCCUCGAAAAACGCACCUCGUCGAUAAUCUCCUCCAUCCGCAAUUACACCCUAACCAACCCCUCCGCAACAGCAAUCCUCUCGAACCUCCCACCCAAUGCAUCCAACGGGAUAACGAUCGAAAUCCCCGACGUCUCAACACCGAUAUUCAUACCCGCGCACAUCGCCGCGCUGGGAUCUACGGAUGAACUCGCGGGGGCGGGGGGCGUGCUUGCGCUGCCGAGACUGCAGAGGCUGAAGAGGCAGUGGAUAGGGCUGAAUCGGGCAUAUGUGGGGAAUUACGCGGGGGGGAAGGGGGGCGGAUUGAAGGAGGAGGAGGUGGGGGGUGCGUUUGUGAGGUUUUUGAAUGCGGAGUUUGCUGGCGACGGCUCUUAGGUAUUUUGCUCGAUUGGGAAGUGGAAAAGUCAUUAUAUGAUUCUAUUGCUGCAGUGCAUGCAUAGCGUUAUCAUGUUUAUGAUACCAUGGGUUGAAUAUAGAUCUAACUAACUAGACGAGUUGAUUACAAAUUAUCCAAACAACAUAACUACAUACUUCUACAUGCAACACAAAAUGCAAUCGGGUUGCAACCGCUCGCUAAGCGAACUCGAG